AUUUUAGUCCCCUAUUGACAAAUUUUGAUUUCAUUUUAAUUGAAUUCUAAACACAAUUGGAAAUAAAAUGACACAUUUAAUCAUUUGGAAAAGUCAAAUAAAGUAACUAAAACAUGUAAAUAAGAAGUGUUUGUACCGCAAGUGCAAAAGUCACUACAUUGUCUGGAACUAGUGAGUCAUCUUUUAUGCUUUUCUGUGGACUUAUCUCCCUUGGGUAAAGUCUCCACUCCAAAAUGUCAGCUUCCAGUGAUGGUUUGACAGACGACAUUUACAGUGAAGUUUGUGACUUUUCCUAUCUUGGUGGAGGAUGUGGGAUAUCCCAUCACUAUUCAUCUUCACCCAAUACACUCUUUAAAGUAUAUGAAUGCACCAAACCUACUACUAUUCACCUCAAACGUCUGAAUAGUAGUGAAAGCUGUGAUUUUCCAGAAGGGCUACUUAUCCUGUAUAGGACUGGUAUUUUUACAAUAGAUGCAACAACAACUCAGCUUAGCAUAUGUCCUAAGCACAGGGACUUCUAUGGUAUCCAUUGGAAAAAUAAGAGUGCCCGAUGUCAACAUCCAGACCACCCCUCUUCCAGCAAAGCCAAGGCUGACCGAGGAUCUUCACCUUUGUUGUGCAAGCAGAACUGGCUGUAUACCCGACAAAUUAUUCCCGUAGGAACAGGACUUUGCAAGCAAUGCUCAAUAAAGAUGAAGAAUUUUGUUAAAAGUGACAAGACACAGGUCAAACUAAAUAUAGAAGAAGAUGUUGAAUUGUUUGAGAGAUUGUGUGGGAGCAUUUCAAGUAUCCAUGAAGAUAAGGAAGAUACAGAUUUAGAUCUAGACUCACAGUUAUCUUUUUUGUCGACAACAACGUUAACUGAGCUUUCACAGCAGUCGACAUCAGAUUGGGAGGCUGAUAAUGCUUCUGGAAGAGACAAAUUCAACAGGGCCAUGAAUAUUCUCGGCAAUGGAAAGUUUCCAACUUUAAAACACCAAUUAAAGCUUCCUUGGGAUGAUGUCUCAAAAAGUACAAAGGCAAUGUAUUUGAAGUUUACCUCUGAUGUUGUUAAUUUGAUCAUUCAAUAUAUUGCACCUGGGCAAGAAAACAAAAUUAUGGCAGACUUAAGUGAGAAAUAUAUGUAUCUCAAUGAUGACAAUCAGACAACACAUGAUGAUAUGACCAAAGCACUCAUACAAGCAUAUUUGGACCAAAAUAACAGUCAAACUCAAAUUCAAAUUCUUUCCUUGUUUGUUCAAAAAUUUACCAAACAGAAGCUAAUUGAAUUAAUUCCAGGACUUACUAUGUCAAAAAUUGACAGAGCUAGGAAACAUGCUAAUUUGGAAAAACCUGGACAAAUGAUAAAUUCUCCUAGGAUAUACAGAAUGCGAUUAAGUCAUCCUCAACUCAUGCAUUUCAUUGAGUUUAUUUCUAGCCCAUCUUACCAUCAAGCAGUUGGAUAUGGAUCAAAAACUCUUCAGCUUUCAUCUGGUGUUGAAAUGAAAAUUCCGAAGGUAGUUCGAAGCAUUAUUUCAUCAAGACUCAUAAAGGCAUACAUGGCUUACUGUAAAGACCAAGAUUAUGAUACAUUUUCAAGAUCAACAUUAUAUAACAUUCUUAAUGUCUGUAUUGCAUCUCAGAAAAAAAAUCUACAUGGCUUAGACAACACCACAGCUGAUGGUAUGAAAGCAAUGGACACAUUGACUGAUAUCAUCAAGAAAUUACAGUUGUUUGGACUAGAAGAGGAAAAAGUGGAAAAACUUAAAAAUAUCUUUGCAUGUGCCAACCAACAUUUAAAAUUUGAAAUAAAGGGUCAUCUAGCCACAUCUUCAACUUGUUUAGAUCACUGUACCACAUUUAGCCUCAGUGACUCAAAAUCCACUCAAUUUCGUUCAACUUGUGCUCAUGAACAUUCAGAAGGUUGUACCAAGUGCAGUAUUAUAGAUAAGUCACUACUAGAAUUAUCAGAUACAUUCCAAAACAUGAAUUCCAUCCCGGCAGAAAUAGUAGAUGAAAUAGAUCAUGACUUAUCACGAGCACAAGAGCAGAUAUUGACAUGGAAGGCACAUUGUGUCAGAACAGUUCACCAAGAUCAAGCUAAACAAACAGUGCUUAGUCAUUUAAAACCUCAUCAGGCCCUUAUAGUAAUGGACUGGGCUAUGAAGUUUUUACCUGUGAGACACAGAGAAGCCCAAAGUGACUUUUUUGGUAAAAAGGGAGUAAGCUGGCAUGUUUCGUCGGUUGUCACACUUGAUAUUGAGGCUGAACCUGAAUUUAAGACGAACUUUAAUGUACACACUCUUGUGCACAUUCUUGAGUUGGGCAAUCAAGGAUGGUUUUCUGUAGCUCACAUAAUAACUGACCUGCUACAGAAAUUACCACUUAUAUUACCUUUGGUAACUGAAAUCUUUCUAAAGAGCGACAACGCUGGAUGUUACCAUUGUGUGCCAUUGAUUUCUUACAUCCAAAAUAUCAAUGUAAAUGGAGGCUUGCCAGUUAAAAUUCUGCAAUACAACUUUAGUGAAGCACAGUCUGGCAAAGAUAUAUGUGAUGCCAAAACAUCUCACUGCAAGAUGCAUAUAUUGAGGUACUCUGGUGAGGGACAUGAUGUUUUGUCUGCAGAAGAUAUGUCAACUGCCUUAAACUCAAACGGAGGUGUUAUAGGGGUUUUCAAUGCUGUGGUUGCAAUUGAUCAGAAUCAUCAGACCAAGACAAAAACCAAAAUACCCAACAUUAGUGCAAUGAACAAUUUUGAGUUCGACAGUGAAGGUGUUAAAGUGAGGCGUGCCUAUGGAAUAGGAAAUGGCAAUUUCAUACCAAACCUUCAGUUUAAGGACAACAAACUCAUGGAAGGUUUUCAGGUAAUUAUUCCAUUUUCAAAUUUUGUUGCGGACCAUCAUGGGAGAGUUGUACUUGCAAGGAAUAAUAUUGAUGUUGAACAUGAAAAUAUGGGCAAUGAUAAUGACACUGAAAAUAAUGGUAAUGAGAAUGUCACUGAAACUGUGGAGAAUGAGAUGGAAGAAGAUGUGAGUAAUGAUGGUUUAUUUGCGUGUCCAGAUCAAAGUUGCACCAAGGUGUUUACAAAACCUCAUUUCCUAGAAGCACAUAUAGUAAUUGGAAAUCAUGUGUAUUCAACUAGUGAGAAUAGUUACGAUUCUGUCAAAUUGAUUUGGGCACAACAAUGUGAGGCAGUUGACAGAGAACACAAAGUUCUCAUACAAUCGGUUUCUUCAAUCAAUAUGAAUGUCAAUGAAGGAUGGGCUCUGAAACUGAACAAACCUUUUAAAAGAUUCACCAAAAAGGUAAAAGACUUUCUCUUUGAUAUAUAUGUAAAGUGUGAAAGUUCAGGGAGAAGACCAAAUUUUGAUACAUUAGCAACUGAACUCAAGACAACAAGACAUGAGAAUGAUGGCACCAAAAUGUUCACACGGGAAGAAUGGCUAUCAUCAUCACAAAUACGCAGUCUUUUUGCUAAUUUUGUCAGGCUUGGUGCUGAAACUUCUUUAAAAUCAGAAGAUACUGCUGUGAUAGAAAAUGUUUUAGAGGAAAUCGAUUCACUUGAAUAUCACAACAAUAUGACAGAAUUGGCAACCGAUGUUGUGCAGCAGUUUCUGUAGAUGUUCAUGUGUGCAUGUUCAUAAUGCUCUAUUUGGUGUAUUGUAUUUUGUUGAAUAACUAUGUAAUAUUUCAU